AUGCGUCUAACAACAUCCCUCCUCGCCCUCCUCCUCCCAACAACCCUCGCCCUCCCCACCGCAAAAGACAACAAAGUCUUCGCCCCAACCCCCGACUCACCACCCCCCCACGACCUCGGCCUCCACACGGGCAAAAUCGGCGUAGACAACGUCGACCUCUCCGCCCUACGCGUAGACCCCGUCCGCGUCAUCAGCAGAAUCCAAUCAUCCUCGCACUUUACCUCGUCUCUCCUCACAAAGCGUCGAGACGUGCUGCUCGAGGAACAAGACGGACGGAUCAAUAUCGCCAAACAGAAACGCUCGCAUAUUCAGGUUGAUCCGGUCGAGGUAAAUGUUCAUAUCAUGAGACCUUCUGUUCAUACGGUGCCUGCUGGUGGGAAGAGUGCCAAGGUGGAGGAGGUGCAGAGGGAGACGGGUAAGGAAGGGGAUGAGGGUGCGAAGGAUGUGGAACCGAAGCCCAAGUACAUUCCAAAGUUCAUGCUUGAUUAUAGUACGGGUGGAUGGUUUAGGCGUUUUAUCCGAUUCUAA